AUGGUCAGUUCCGCCUCAGCCUUGGCCAACAUCAAAGACUCCUCCUCACUCCACCUGCUUUUAGUUCUAUCGACAUUUAUAUUAUUAUUGGCCUCCACAGGGUGGGCUCGUCUAGAAUGUACUUCCAGGCCAAUUUUGGAUCCUAACACUCGAUCUCACACGUCACACCGAAACAACGGCGUGACCCCGACGGCAGAAGUGGCCGAGCCUCUUACUCCGACUGACGACUUGCCACCUAAUAUGGGUAAAAGGGCUGGAAACAAUUCUCUGAUCACUCAGGCCUCUCUACUCGACAAUGAAACUUCAGGAAACAACAGAGAUGAAAAGAACCUAGACCCUUCUGACCCGACUCACUUCAUUAUCAGGCUGUGUAAAGAUUACAAAAUUAGCAUUAAUAAACCCUUAAUUCCUUUGAAACUCGCCCUCUUUACCUAUUAUGGAGCUGGGUCUUUCAUGCCGUCUUUCAUCACCGUCCUCUACAAGACACGAGGAGUUUCUCUUGCUGAACUCUCCACCUUCACUAUUAUCGCACCAAUAUUUCAAUUCAUCGGCAGCGCACUGUCUGGAAUCGUGGCUGAUAAAAUUGGAAGAUCAAAACCAGUGUUGGUUACCAACCUUCUAUUGGUGACACUCACAGUACUGUGUAUUCUGCUAUCACCCAAGAUUGACCGCACAAACUGUACAGCACCUAAAAUAAACUUAUUUUGCAAUGCUCAACAAAGUGUUGCUCAAACUGGAUACAAUUUGCAGGAAAGCAGAAUUGAUGUGAGAGACUGUAAAGCAAAAUGUUCUAGAAAUGAUUCUCUAACUUGCAAUGACACAGAUUCUGUUUAUAGAAUUUUUUAUGGGAGGGAUUUAAGUAAUAUAUCACUCACCAUUUAUAUCGAUAACUCUCAUUAUAACAACAGGACAGAAGGGAACUUCGUAUAUAAUGUCAGUGCUUUAGAAUUUCAGAAUGUAAAUACCUCCUGGUGCUACUCAGAUCAAACAAAAAAUUGCUCAUCUUCCUGUGAAAUAAAUUCAAAUAUUAUGCAAUGUCGGCAAGAAAAUACAAAUUACUUAUUAUUUGUUUAUGGUGGCCUUUUCAUUUUAUUUUUGACCACUUAUUCCAAUACUUACCGUUGCAUGGAUGUAACCGCCAUGUUUUUGGCAAAGGAACAGAAUUCAGAUUUUGGUCGUGAACGAUUCUUUGCUAUUUCUGGUAACUUGCUUAUAUCUCCUCUCGCUGGCUAUAUUGCAGAAGUAACAUCGCCAGUAGUUGGCGAAAAAAAUUACGCAGGAGCAUUAUAUCUUUUUAUAGGUAUGACAUGCUUUUUGUUCCUUGUCAUUUAUAAACUCCCCGUGCGGGUUGUUUCCCCUGGUGAACAGAUGUGGAAGAAAACCUUAAUUUUGCUCAAGAACAUCGACGUUGUAGUGUUUUUCAUUGUGAUUUUUAUCCUGGGCACGUCGUGGAAUUUCACCAAAUAUUUUCUCUUCUGGUAUCUCGAAGACAUGCAGGCACCCAGUUUGCUCAUCGGUUUGAUCACAUCUGUAAGUGCUCUGUAUGGACUGCCGUUUCUGUUGACUUCCAAAUGGUGGGUGAAGAAGAUAAGUCCAAAAGGAAUCAUAAUUUUGGCUUUUGUGGCAUAUAUCGUCAAUUCCACUGGAUACUCAUUUCUGAGAAACCCCUGGUUCGCUUUGGCCCUUGAAGCCACUGGAAUAUUGAACUACUAUCUUCUUUGGGUGGCUGUUGUGGUUCAUAGCCAUGAUAUUGCACCAGAAGGACUGACAUCGACCGUUAUUACGAUUUCAGGAGCUAUACAUUAUAGCAUAGGCAAGGCCUCUUCCGGUUUGACUGGUGGCUUGAUCAUGAAUGCAUUUGGUGGUAGGGUGGCCUUCCGUUUCAAUGCCUUGCUCUGCCUGGCGUGUGUCGUGCUCUAUGGCUUCUACAUCUUUUUCAGAAAUCGGUACACGAGCAUGAAGCACAAGAUAGAUCCAUCGCCUCAGAAUAUGAAAGUUUUUCACAUCGAAAAGGCCGAAAAUGGACUCAAAACAAAUAAAAAGAAUCAAAACCAGCCGUAGAUAUAAUGGAAGAAUGGAAUGUUGUAGCCUUCAUGAAGCCUCGAAACAAUUUCCAUCUCCUGAUUGUUCAUCGCGAUACUAUAAAAAGC